GAGACGCGGCGGCACUGAGGAGGAGGAGGAGGUGACAGAUAGCUGUCAGAAAAACUGGAGUCCAGCUGUCGGCGGGAUGAGGAGGAGAUGUCCGAGUGAAAACCCCACGAGAGCCACGGCCGAGGUGUGACAGACAUGUCAGAUAAGAUGUCGAGCUUCCUGCAUAUUGGCGACAUCUGCUCCUUGUAUGCAGAAGGCUCCACCAGUGGAUUCAUCAGCACCCUGGGCUUGGUGGAUGACCGCUGUGUGGUGCAGCCUGAUGCAGGAGAACUGAACAACCCUCCUAAGAAGUUCAGAGACUGCCUCUUCAGAUUGUGUCCUAUGAAUCGAUAUUCAGCACAAAAGCAGUUCUGGAAAGCAGCAAAGCCUGGAGGAAAUACGGACACAGUGCUGCUCAACAAGCUCCAUCAUGCAGCUGACUUGGAGAAGAAGCAAAAUGACUCUGAAAACAAAAAGCUGCUUGGAACAGUAAUUCAGUAUGGAAAUGUUAUUCAGCUCCUCCACCUGAAGAGCAACAAAUACCUGACUGUGAACAAACGUCUGCCUGCGCUUUUAGAGAAAAAUGCAAUGAGAGUGAUGUUAGACACUGCUGGAAAUGAAGGCUCGUGGUUCUACAUCCAGCCCUUCUACAAGCUACGCUCCAUUGGAGACAGUGUGGUUAUUGGAGACAAAGUGGUGCUGAACCCUGUGAAUGCUGGUCAACCGCUCCAUGCCAGCGCACACCAGCUCGUGGAUAAUCCAGGAUGCAAUGAGGUCAAUUCAGUCAACUGUAACACCAGCUGGAAGAUUGUCUUGUUUAUGAAAUGGAGCGACAAUCAAGAGCUCAUCCUUAAAGGGGGUGACGUGGUACGGUUAUUUCAUGCAGAGCAAGAGAAAUUUCUCACCUGCGACGAUCACAGGAAAAAGCAAUAUGUUUUCCUUCGCACCACUGGACGACAGUCUGCUACCUCUGCAACCAGCAGCAAAGCCUUAUGGGAAAUCGAGGUGGUGCAGCAUGACCCAUGCCGAGGUGGAGCAGGCUACUGGAACAGUUUGUUCCGAUUCAAACACCUUGCCACUGGACACUACCUGGCUGCAGAGGUAAAUCCAGAAUAUGAAGAUGAGUGCCUCGAUAACCGUUCCUCACUGGACUCUGAUCAGGAAGCCUUACGCGCCCGUUUGAGGAAUGUCCCAGAUAAAGUCUUGUACACACUUGUGUCUGUUCCUGAUGGAAAUGACAUCUCUUCCAUAUUUGAGUUUGACCCAACCACGUUAAGAGGAGGAGACUCGCAAGUACCCAGAAACUCAUAUGUACGUCUCAGACACCUGUGCACCAACACGUGGGUUCACAGCACCAACCAACCAAUUGACAAAGAGGAGGAAAAGCCUGUCAUGCUGCGUAUUGGCACUUCAGCACUCAAAGAGGACAAAGAGGCAUUUGCCAUUGUGCCAGUCUCUCCAGCAGAAGUGAGAGACCUUGACUUUGCCAAUGAUGCCAGUAAAGUGUUGGCUUCUAUUGCUGGAAAGCUGGAAAAAGGCACCAUCACACAGAAUGAGAGGAGGGCUGUUACCAAGCUUCUGGAGGAUCUGGUUUUCUUUGUUGUGGACAUUCCUAACAAUGGACAGGAUGUCCUAGAGAUUAUGGUCAACAAACCAAACAGGGAAAGACAAAAACUGAUGAGAGAGCAGAAUAUUCUCAAGCAGAUUUUCAAGCUUCUGCAGGCUCCUUUCACAGACAGUGGGGAUGGGCCAAUGCUACGCCUGGAGGAACUGGCUGACCAGCGGCAUGCCCCCUUCAGACACAUCUGCCGCUUGUGUUACCGUGUUUUGCGUCACUCCCAGCAGGACUACCGUAAGAAUCAGGAAUACAUAGCCAAACAGUUUCGCUUCAUGCAGAAACAGAUCGGCUAUGAUGUCCUUGCAGAGGACACAAUCACAGCUCUGCUUCAUAACAACCGCAAGCUGCUGGAGAAACACAUCACUGCUGCAGAGAUUGACACAUUUGUCAGUCUGGUUCGGAAAAACCGUGAACCCAGGUUCUUAGACUACCUGUCAGACUUGUGUGUGUCGAUGAAUAAGUCCAUCCCUGUGACACAGGAGCUCAUCUGUAAUGCAGUGCUGGAUCCAGCGAAUGCCGACAUCCUGAUAGAAACUAAACUGGUGCUGUCAAGAUUUGAGAUUGAAGGAGUGUCCCUUGGGGAUAAUUCUGAGGAGUCUGAGGAGGAUGAAGAGGAGGUGUGGUUAUUCUGGAAAGACAGCAAUAAGGAAAUACGCAGUAAAAGCGUCAGGGAGCUGGCGCAGGAUGCUAAGGAGGAUCAGAAAGAGGACCAGGAGGUGAUCAGUUACUACAGGUACCAGCUAAAUCUGUUUGCUCGGAUGUGUUUGGAUCGCCAGUACCUGGCAAUCAACAAGAUCUCUGGUCAGCUGGAUGUGGACCUGAUAUUGCGAUGCAUGUCAGAUGAAGACCUACCCUAUGACCUCCGAGCCUCAUUUUGCCGCAUGAUGCUGCACAUGCAUGUAGAUCGUGACCCUCAGGAACAAGUUACACCUGUCAAGUAUGCACGGCUGUGGUCAGAGAUCCCUUCAGAGAUUGCUAUUAAUGACUAUGACAAUGAUGGAACAUCUAAAGAUGAAAUUAAGGAGCGCUUCUCCCAGACAAUGGAGUUUGUGGAGAACUAUCUCAGAGAUGUGGUGUGUCAGAGUUUCCCAUUUGCAGAUAAAGAGAAGAACAAGCUCACCUUUGAGGUGGUGAAUUUGGCCAGGAACCUAAUUUAUUUUGGCUUCUACAACUUCAGUGACUUGCUGAGACUAACAAAGAUCCUGCUGGCUAUUCUAGACUGCGUCCAUGUCGGCACCAUUUUCCCUUUCAACAAACUGGACAAAGGAGAUGAUGGUAAAGGCAGUAAUGUGAUGAGGUCCAUUCACGGUGUAGGUGAACUCAUGUCUCAAGUAGUCCUAAGAGGAGGUGGCUUUCUUCCAACAACUUCAGUCAGCAGCUCAAGUGGAGCAACAGCAAAAAGCCAGACUGCGUCAGAAAAACAGGACAUACUAGUCAUGGACACCAAGCUCAAAAUCAUUGAGAUCCUGCAGUUCAUUCUGAACGUCCGCCUGGACUACAGGAUCUCCUGUCUGCUGUCCAUCUUUAAAAGGGAAUUUGAUGAGAGUAAUUCACAGAGUGAUUUAUCAGUUACAGGAUCAGUGGAAGGACCGAACAAUAUGCCAGGGGCACUGGAUUUUGAACACAUCGAAGAGCAGGCAGAGGGAAUAUUUGGUGGAAGUGAGAACACCCCGCUGGACCUGGACGAUCACGGUGGCCGUACCUUCUUAAGGGUUCUCCUCCAUUUAACCAUGCAUGACUAUCCUCCUCUGGUGUCGAGAGCCCUUCACCUGCUCUUCAGGCACUUCAGCCAAAGGCAGGAAGUCCUGCAAGCUUUUAAGCAGGUCCAAUUACUUGUCACCAGCCAAGAUGUGGAAAAUUAUAAGCAAAUAAAGUCAGACCUGGACCAGUUGCGCUCCAUCGUUGAGAAAUCUGAGCUCUGGGUGUACAAGAGGCAAGGGCCAGACGAAGGUAUUGAUGCAGGAGAGGGACUCGCUAGUGAGCCAGAGCAUAAAAAGGGGAACUCGGAGAACACAGAAUCGCCAAAGAAAGCCGAAAGCACAAGCAGUUACAAUUACAGAGUUGUUAAGGAGAUCCUGCUGCGUCUCAGCAGGCUGUGUGUUCAAGAAGGUCUAUCAGGUAGAAAGAGCAAGAAACAGCAGCAGAGAUUACUGAGGAACAUGGGAGCUCAUACUGUGGUACUUGAGCUCUUACAGAUUCCCUAUGAGAAGGGUGAAGAUUUGCGUAUGCAGGAUAUAAUGAAGCUGGCCCAUCAGUUUCUGCAGAACUUCUGUGCAGGAAACCAGCAGAACCAAGCACUCCUUCACAAGCACAUCAAUCUUUUCCUGAAUCCAGGAAUUUUAGAAGCAGUCACCAUGCAGCACAUAUUCAUGAACAACUUCCAGCUGUGCAGUGAGAUCAAUGAACGUGUAGUCCAGCAUUUUGUCCAUUGCAUCGAAACACAUGGACGCAAUGUCCAGUACCUCAAGUUCCUCCAGACUAUUGUAAAAGCAGAGAACAAGUUCAUUAAGAAAUGUCAGGACAUCGUCAUGGCAGAGCUGGUGAAUGCUGGGGAAGAUGUUUUAGUUUUCUACAAUGAUCGUGCUUCCUUCCAGACGCUAGUGCAGAUGAUGCGUUCAGAGCGGGAUCGUAUGGACGAAAACAGUCCUCUGAUGUACCACAUACACCUGGUAGAACUCUUGGCUGUCUGCACUGAGGGCAAAAAUGUUUAUACAGAGAUCAAAUGUAACUCUCUGCUGCCACUAGAUGACAUCGUCCGGGUAGUGACCCAUGAGGACUGUAUCCCUGAGGUGAAGAUUGCUUAUAUCAACUUCCUGAACCACUGCUAUGUCGACACUGAGGUUGAAAUGAAAGAGAUCUACACCUCCAACCACAUGUGGAAACUCUUUGAGAACUUUCUGGUUGACAUUUGCAGAGUCUGCAACAACACAAGUGAUCGCAAGCAUGCAGACAUUGUUCUGGAGCACUACGUGACUGAGACUGUCAUGAGCAUUGUAACCACCUUCUUCAGUUCACCCUUCUCUGACCAGAGCACCAGUCUGCAGACCAGGCAGCCAGUCUUUGUGCAGCUGUUACAGGCAGUGUUCAGGGUCUAUCACUGUAACUGGUUGAUCCCAGUUCAAAAGGGCUCUGUGGAGAACUGUAUCAAAGUGCUGUCUGAUGUCGCCAAAGGCAGAGCAAUUGCCAUCCCUGUGGAUCUGGACAACCAGGUGAACAACCUGUUUGUGAAGUCCAACAACAUAGUCCAAAAGACUGCUAUGAGCUGGAGACUUUCUGCUCGCAAUGCUGCCCGUAGAGACUCUGUGGUGACUGCAUCACGGGACUACAGGAAUAUUAUUGAGAGGUUGCAGGACAUUGUUUCUGCUCUGGAAGACCGCCUGCGUCCGCUGGUCCAGGCGGAGUUGUCUGUUCUGGUGGAUGUGCUGCAUCAUCCUGAGUUGCUUUUCCCAGAAAACACAGACUCCCGCAAGAAGUGUGAGAGCGGUGGCUUCAUAUGCAAGCUGAUUAAACAUACCAAGCUGCUGCUGGAAGAAAAUGAAGAGCGGCUAUGCAUCAAAGUUCUCCAAACACUUAGAGAGAUGAUGACCAAAGAUCGGGGUUACGGAGAGAAGCUCAUGGCCUUUGAUGAUGAGAUGGAUAUGCCUAAGCAGCUGGAUCAGAACCAACCUGAGAAGCUGUUGGAGGACCAGAAGAGGGGUGAGGCACUGAGACAGAUUCUGGUGAACCGUUACUAUGGCAACUUUCAUCGGAGUGGUGGGCGGAGAAACAGCCUGACAUCAUUUAGCAAUGGCCCCCUCAGUCCUGUAGGACCCAACAAAAAUCAGUCAGCAUUAAUGGGUCCUGCAGGCCUGAGUCGUGGAGAAAUGAGCCUGGCAGAUGUACAAUGUCACCUGGACAAAGAGGGAGCUUCUGAUCUGGUCAUUGACCUCAUCAUGAACACGACUAGUGACCGGGUCUUUCAAGAAAGUAUUCUGUUGGCUAUUGCUCUGCUUGAAGGCGGAAACACCACCAUCCAGCGUUCAUUCUAUUGUCGUCUGACAGAAGAUAAGAAAUCAGAAAAGUUUUUUCGAGUUUUCUAUGACAGAAUGAAGCUUGCCCAACUGGAGAUCAAAGCUACAGUGACUGUGAAUACCAGUGACCUGGGUAACAGGAAGCGAGAUGAUGACACCCAGGACAAAGACGUCCCAGUUCGCAAAAAAGCCAGAGACUCUGCAGUGGUCAUAACAGAUGAUGUGCGAGAACAACUCUUGGAGGCUUCAUCUGCCACCAAAAAGGCCUUUAACUCUUAUCGGCGUGAAGCAGAUCCUGAGGACCACUUCACGUCCACCGACGGCCAGGCCAGCACAGGGGACAAGAACCAGGAUGAGGGAGAGAUGAGUUUUGUUAUCGUGAUCAUGCAGCCAAUCCUUCGCUUCCUGCAGUUACUUUGUGAGAAUCAUAACCGUGACUUACAGAACUUCCUUCGUUCUCAAAACAACAAAAACAACUACAACCUUGUGUGUGAGACGCUGCAGUUUUUAGAUUGUAUCUGUGGAAGCACCACAGGAGGUCUUGGACUCCUUGGGCUGUACAUCAAUGAAAAAAAUGUAGCACUCAUCAACCAAACAUUGGAGAGUCUUACAGAAUACUGCCAAGGGCCCUGUCAUGAAAACCAGAAUUGCAUUGCCACUCACGAGUCCAAUGGCAUUGAUAUAAUUAUUGCCUUGAUUCUUAAUGACAUCAACCCACUUGGAAAAAAGCGAAUGGAUCUGGUGUUGGAGCUCAAGAAUAAUGCAUCUAAGCUGUUGCUCGCCAUUAUGGAGAGUCGUCAUGACAGUGAGAAUGCAGAGAGGAUCCUGUACAACAUGAGGCCAAAGGAGCUGGUGGAGGUGAUAAAAAAGGCCUAUCUGCAGGGGGAGGUGGCAUUUGAGGACACAAAGGAAGAUGAUGAUAAUGGCGAAGAGGAGGAACAUGAUGCCGCCUCCCCCAGAAAUGUUGGACACAAUAUCUACAUUUUAGCUCACCAGUUGGCACGACAUAAUAAGGAGCUGUCCAUGAUGCUGAAGCCAGGAGGAGCCAGUGGAGAUGGAGAUGAGUCUCUGGAGUUUUAUGCCAAACACACAGCCCAAAUUGAGAUUGUACGUCAAGACCGCACCAUGGAGGAGAUAGUGUUCCCUGUUCCCAACAUUUGUGAGUUCUUGACCUCCGAGUCAAAGCUGCGCGUCUACUACACCACCGAGCGAGACGAGCAGGGCAGCAAGAUCAACGACUUCUUCCUGCGAGCAGAGGACCUCUUCAAUGAGAUGAACUGGCAGAAAAAACUCAGAGCUCAGCCAGUUCUAUACUGGUGCUCCAGAAACAUGUCUGUGUGGAGUAAUGUUUCUUUCAACCUGGCUGUGCUCAUGAACCUGUUGGUGUGCUUCUUCUAUCCACUGGAGGAGGUUUAUGGAGGUAUGUUGGAUCCCCACCUGUCUGUACUCCUGUGGAUUGCACUGUUGGCAACACUUAUCAUUGUAAUAAUUAUGCCCCAACCCCUGGGCAUCCGUGCUGCGGUCAUCGUCGCCAUCCUUCGUCUCAUUUUCUCUGUUGGAUUGGAGCCCACCCUCUUUCUGUUGGGUGCCUUCAAUGUGUGCAACAAGAUCAUCUUCUUGACAAGUUUUGUGGGGAACCGAGGAACCUUCACUCGAGGCUACAAAGCCAUGGUGUUGGACUUUGAGUUCCUGUAUCACCUCAUCUACCUCAUCAUCUGCUGUCUGGGGGUGUUUGUCCACGUCUUUUUCUACAGUUUGCUGCUAUUCGACUUGGUAUACAGAGAAGAAACUUUGCUUAAUGUCAUCAAGAGUGUGACUCGUAAUGGACGCUCCAUUGUGCUAACCGCUGUCCUGGCUCUCAUUCUGGUCUACUUGUUCUCCAUUGUUGGCUACAUCUUCUUCAAAGAUGACUUCAUCUUGGAAGUAGAUCAUCUCCCCAACACAACUCAGAAAAAUGAAGUCAAUCUGCCCAGUGAGCUACUUUCCGUAGGAAUGUGCCACACAGGGAACAGCGACAACUGCUCCAAAGAGGCCCUGCAGGAAGACUUUGAAACUCAUAGUGAGGAGGACAAUGAGAUGGAGCGGACGUGCGAUUCUCUACUUAUGUGUAUCGUUACUGUACUGAGUCACGGCUUAAGGAGUGGAGGUGGAGUUGGAGAUGUUCUGCGCAAGCCUUCCAAAGAGGAGCCACUGUUUGCAGCCAGAGUGAUAUAUGACCUGCUCUUCUUCUUCAUGGUCAUUAUCAUCGUCCUCAACCUUAUUUUUGGUGUCAUCAUUGACACCUUUGCUGACCUGAGAAGUGAAAAACAGAAGAAAGAGGAAGUCCUGAAGACAACCUGCUUCAUCUGUGGCCUGGAGCGUGACAAGUUUGACAACAAGACAGUGACUUUUGAAGAGCACAUCAAAGAGGAACACAACAUGUGGCACUACCUGUUCUUUAUUGUUCUUGUAAAAGUUAAAGACUCCACUGAAUACACAGGCCCCGAGAGCUACGUGGCUGAGAUGAUUAAGGAGCACAACCUUGACUGGUUUCCACGUAUGCGUGCCAUGUCACUGGUGAGCAGCGAUGCGGAGGGUGAGCAGAAUGAGAUUAGGAACCUGCAGGAGAAGCUGGAGUCCACAAUGAAGCUGGUGGCCAACCUGUCUGGACAGCUGACCGAGCUAAAAGAGCAGAUGACAGAACAGAGGAAGCAAAAGCAACGAAUUGGCCUUCUUGGUCAUCCCCCUCACUUGAACAUCAACCCCCAGCAGCCUGCCUGAGGACCUUUUGGGGGCAAACUGACUUGUGCCUGAGCGCUCCUGAUAGUGUUGCAUGUGUAAGAUGGGAAAGUGCCAAAACAUUCCUGUUUGCAGUGUGUAUUUAGGCUGGUGCCUGACUGGGUACUUCAACAGACUCUUCAGCAAAGUGUUUCUGAAGCAUUUUUGUCUGUGUGAAGUCAAGUGUGCAAAGUUUAGACAUGUCUGUGGCUAUUGAUUGUGUAUUAAGUGCCUCUGGAACCAGCAAUCCAGUCUUGUGGGUUUACCAGAUGGGAACACUGCAUUCAGCAUUACUACGAAUAAUUCCUUCUGGAUUGAACACAUGCCAAAGAGCAGCCUUUUCACCCCCAUGUUUUCCUCAAGUGGCCUUGUUUUGAGAUUUUAAAUCUUUGCAUGGCACUAGCAAGGUCUGCUUGAACAUCACAUGACUUUAAGAUUUUUAGUUUGUUUCAGGCAGCAAUACAAAUACUUGUUGAUAUGCAACAUGGAAAUGAAGAUUUUUUUUUUUUUUUCAAACAACUUAUUUUUCUACUUAAAACUGUUCUUUCAAAUGUCAGCUGAAGUAGUACUCAUUAAUGAAUUUAUACUUAUCUACACCAAAGGCUAAUAGUCUGUACUCUAAGAUAAUGAAAACAGAGUUUGACAAAAACUCAAAUUACAAUGCCAACAUCUCUGAGUCUAAUCUCCUGGAUCUGGAUCACUAUCCGCAUUUGGGCCAAGUUGCAGAAGUGGUGUGACAGACUUGCACUCUGAUUUUUCUCAAUGUGAAUUAGUGUUUGAGUUAUUAACAGUACUGAAAAUGAAUAACAUCUCUCUCCCCAAACAAUGUUUGUACUGAGUUUGUGAUCACGCUCUGCAGAUUUUUUUUUUAUGAAUCCAGGUAACAAACAGAAAAAAAUUCUUUAACAUAUUUUUAUUUCUUUUACAUGCUAUUACAUUAUGAAACACUUUAGGGUUUUCUUUAAUCUCGAGGGCAAGCAUUUAUUUUCAUAUUUUCGUUAUUGUCUGCUAUCUCUAGUGGUUUUGUCCUUUCCAAAAUGCUUGUGACAGAAAAUCUUUGGUACUUAUAAAGCAUGUACAAGUACUGAAA